CGUGUCCCUGCUCCCUCAGUUACAGAAAGUGGCCGCCUCUCUGCUGCUGUCGACCCAAAGCUCACAGACUCACUCGUUGCCUAGACCCGCCAUCUUGGAGUCAGAGAACUGAGAGUCGGCAGCAGCUACGAGAGAGCGCAAAAGGGGGACACGGGGCCAAGGCCUUUCACAUCUUCUGAACUGACAGUUGUGAUUGGAGAUAAUGAGGAUAUCCAUAUCCCACAUUAGAAAGUGAGUAUCCCUACCUAGUAGGGCCUACAGGUCUCAGUCCUCCAUGGCGUCUGGGGCUGGGCAGGCAGAGGCCGACGAUGGGGCAGCAUGGUCGUCAUCAGGCCUGGCCAAGCCUCUUCACCUUCAGCACCUGGAGAGAUCCCUACGCCUUGACAGCUUCCUCCGCCAGACCGCCUCAGUCUUCAACAGAGACCUAUCCAGUGAUGACAGCGACGAUGGCGGAUUAGGGGAGGGGCCUUCUCUGAGGCCGGUCAAUCAGCACGCAGCCUUGGCGAUAAAAGAGGAGUCAUGUGACCUGGAUGAGGAGGGGCUUGUUACCGAGGGCACCACCCUCAACGGAACUCCAUCACAAGAACACAAGGAAGACAAAGCCAGUCUAUACAACUUCUCCAAACUGAAGAAGAGCAGGAAAUGGCUCAAGAGUAUCCUGUUGAGCGACGACACCAGUGAGUCAGACACAGAGGACUCUGACUUCAGUCUGUCCAGAGAAGAGCUACAGGACAUGCUCAGACUGCACCAGUUCACCAGGGAGCACCAGAACAAGUUCCACAACGACAGAGAGCUGCAGCAGUAUCAGUACUAUAGUACUGGACUGCUCUCCUCCCAUGACCCUUUCCACGAACAACAGCGCCACCUGCUGGGCCCCAAGAAGAAGAAGAUCAAGGAGGAGAAGAAAUUCAAGGGCAAGUUGAAGAAGGGCAAGAGGAAAAAGAAGAGAGGGGAGGGGGAGUUCUCAGGCGAGGGGCGGCCGCAUGUCACCAAGAUCUUCGCCAAGUUUUCCCAUGACGCCCCUCUUCCCAUGUUGAAGAAGAAACACCUGACCGUAGAGCAGCUGAACGCACGACGACGCAAAGUCUGGCUCACCAUCGCCAAGAAGGAGUGCCCCAAGGCAUUCAAGCAAAAAGCAUCAGCCAAGAACUUGGUCCUUACCAAUGCCAAAAAGCUGGCCCACCAGUGUAUGCGUGAAGUGCGCAGGGCGGCCAUCCAAGCCCAGAAGAAUUGUAAAGAAACCCUUCCCCGGGCCAGGAGAUUGACCAAGGAGAUGACGCUCUACUGGAAGAAAUAUGAGAAGGUGGAGAAGGAGCACAGGAAGAGAGCCGAGAAAGAGGCUCUGGAGCAACGCAAACUGGACGAGGAGCUGAGAGAGGCGAAGCGUCAGCAGCGUAAGCUGAACUUCCUGAUCACCCAGACAGAGCUGUACGCCCACUUCAUGGGGGGCAAGGGUCCUGGGGAGGAGGAUGGGGGAGAGGAGGACAUUCUCAACAAGCUGGACGACACCAACUCUCACAGGCAGAUGACCAUCGGGGGAGGGCUGGCGGUCAACGUUGGACAGGAGGACUAUGAUAGUGAAUACUACAAGUCUCAGGCCUUAAGGAAAGCUAAAGAAGCCUACGAGAUACACCAGGCCAGAACACGUCUCUUUGACGAGGAGGCUAAGGACAGUCGCUGUGCUUCCCUGCACCAGGCCAGUGGGGGGUCGGGGUCAGGGUUCGGGGAGAGCUACAGCCUGUCUAACCCUUCUAUCCAGGCCGGAGAGGACAUCCCCCAGCCAACCAUCUUCAACGGGAAAUUGAAGGGAUACCAGUUGAAAGGCAUGAACUGGCUGGCUAACCUCUACGAACAGGGUAUCAAUGGUAUCCUAGCAGAUGAGAUGGGCCUGGGGAAGACUGUUCAGAGCAUCGCUCUGCUGGGUCACCUGGCUGAGCGGGACAACAUCUGGGGUCCGUUCCUCAUCAUCUCUCCAGCCUCCACACUGAAUAACUGGCACCAGGAGUUUACACGCUUUGUCCCCAAAUUCAAGGUUCUGCCGUACUGGGGGAACCCUCACGACCGCAAAGUGAUCAGGAAGUUCUGGAGCCAGAAAACCCUGUACACCCAGAAUGCUCCGUUCCACGUGGUGAUCACCAGUUACCAGCUGGUUGUUCAGGAUGUCAAGUACUUCCAGAGGGUCAAGUGGCAGUACAUGGUUCUAGAUGAAGCCCAGGCCCUAAAGAGCAGCACCAGUGUUCGUUGGAAGAUCUUGCUGCAGUUUCAGUGUAGAAACAGACUGUUGCUCACUGGAACGCCCAUACAGAACACUAUGGCAGAGUUGUGGGCCCUGCUCCAUUUCAUCAUGCCUACGUUGUUUGACUCUCACGAGGAGUUUAAUGAAUGGUUCUCUAAAGACAUCGAGAGCCAUGCAGAGAACAAGUCUGCCAUCGACGAGAAUCAGCUGUCCAGGCUCCAUAUGAUCCUGAAACCCUUCAUGUUGAGGAGGAUCAAGAAGGACGUGGAGAACGAGCUCUCUGACAAGAUUGAGAUCCUAACAUACUGCCAGUUGACGUGUAGACAGAGGCUGCUCUACAGAGCUCUGAGGAACAAGAUCUCCAUCGAGGAUCUUCUCCAGUCGUCUAUGGGCUCAUCGCAGCAGGCUCACAGUACUACCUCAUCCCUUAUGAACCUAGUCAUGCAGUUCAGAAAGGUCUGUAACCACCCGGACCUGUUUGAGCGCCAGGAGACUCGUUCUCCCUUCCACAUGUCGCUGAGACCCUACGUCAUGUCCAAGUUCCUCUACCGCCACGGACUCACACACACCACCACACACACACACAGCAGGAACAAGGUGCUCCAGGUUCUACUGUCUCCCUUCUCUCCUGAUCAUAUUCACCAGUCCCUCUUCCACAGGAAAGGUGAUCAGGAAGGAAGUUGUUUCUCCUUCCUGCGUUUCAUCGACGUUUCGCCGGCAGAGAUGUUUAACGUCAUGCUGCAGGGCACUCUGGUCAGGUGGUUAGCUCUGUUUCUCUCCCUGAAGGCAGCGUACCGGCUCUACCAGAGACGCAUGUGGGGCCUGGAAGAGGAGGAGGGUGGAGGGAGGAUAGGAGGAGGAGGAGGAGGAGGAGAGGAGGAAGGGAGCGGGAGGCCCAGGAGUCAGUGUCUCUCUCGGAGGGGUCUGAUCCUCUGGCUGGACCGACCUACUGCUUUCCCCAACACACACACAAGCACAGUGUUACAGAACCUGGUAUUCACCCGUCACAGCCCAGGUCUGAUGGGUCACUGUGAUGUUCUGGUCCACAGUCGAUGCUCUGCCAACUCCACUACCCUACGACCAGGCCAACCCACACAACCACCCAAGUUCCUGCUCACCGCUGUGCCAAGGGUUACGGCGGUUCCCAUGGAGCGGUACUGUGACGACCGCAGCGCUGAGUACGAGUGGCAGGAGACGAGGGCCGGAGGGGGCAUGGCCGCCAAGCACUGCUUCCUGUACGGCUCCCUAGAUCUGGCCUCUGAUUGGAUGUCCCGAGCCAACACUUUCUACCCACGAUGCCCUGGGGGAGUGAUGGCGCUCUACCCCCGGCAUGGCUGGUCCUACAUCAGAAUACCAGACAAGGAGACCCUGAUCACUGACAGUGGGAAGCUGCACACUCUGGAUCUACUGCUUUGUCGCCUGAAGACUCAGGGACACCGCGUCCUCAUCUACUCCCAGAUGACUCGCAUGAUCGACCUGCUGGAGGAGUACAUGGUGUAUCGUAAACACACCUACAUGCGUCUGGACGGCUCCUCCAAGAUCUCAGAACGCAGAGACAUGGUGGCUGACUUCCAGAGCAGGACUGACAUCUUUGUGUUCCUCCUGAGUACGAGGGCUGGAGGUCUGGGCAUCAACCUGACUGCUGCUGACACUGUGAUCUUCUAUGACAGUGACUGGAACCCUACAGUGGACCAGCAGGCUAUGGACAGAGCUCACCGCCUGGGUCAGACCAAGCAGGUCACUGUGUACCGUCUGAUCUGUCAGCUCACUAUAGAGGAGAGGAUACUGCAGAGGGCCAAGGAGAAGAGUGAGAUCCAGAGGAUGGUGAUCUCUGGGGGGAACUUUAAACCAGACACCCUGAAGCCUAAAGAGGUGGUCAGUCUGCUGCUGGACGACGAGGAGCUGGAGAAGAGACUGCGCGUUCGUCAGGAAGAGAAGACACAACAGGAGGAGUGCAGCAAGAUGAAGGACCGCAGGAGAAAGAGAGAGAAAUACGCUGACAAGAGAAAGAAGGAUGAUGAGGACCCUAAGGAUCCUAAGAGGAGGAAAGACGUGAACCUGGUCAUCCCUUACAACCUGUCUGCAGACAACUCUAACCUCUCAGCCGACGGAGACGAUUCAUUCAUCAGUGUGGACAUGGACGACUCUGCCAUGCCUAGUCCCUUCAGUGAGAUCUCUCUGAGUAGUGAGCUCCAGCCCAGCUCCCUACCUCCAGACCAGGACCCAGACCAGGACCCAGAUCCAGACCAGGAUGAGAGCAGUAGUGACAUGCUAGUCAUCGUAGACGACCCUGUGUCUUCAGCACCACAGUCCAGGGCCACCAACUCGCCUGUCAGCGUGUCCGGAUCUAUGUCGGACAACAUGAACGGUGUGUCUAAUCAGGACACGUCCAGUCCGGGGCGGGGAAGGUCUGGUAGGAGCCGGGGACGACCCAAAGGCUCUGGGUCCAGUUCUGGAGGCGGAGCCAAGUCUGCAGGGAAGGGGCGUGUCAGGAAGUCGACAGCGGGCAGCGCAGCCGCCAUGGCAGGAGCGAUGGCCGGAGCUGCAGCAGCCUCAGCAGCCUACGGAUACAGUGUGACUAAAGCGGGUCUCCCUGCAGCCUCCCCCCUUCAGCCGUCUCUGGGUCGGUCAGGGACGGCCCCAGCCUUCUCCCCCAGCAGAAGUUCCUCUCCCAAGGGGAAAGGUGGCACUGUGGCCCCCAGCCAGAGUAACCCCCAGCAGAAACAACCAGGACAUAGCCACCACCACAGUCAUGUGACAGGAAGGAAGGGCAAGGGACCUGGCGCACCUGGCGCUCGAUAGCAUGUAGAGAUGAUGGACAUCAACACAGUAUACACACACACAGUCCUAAGGAUCUGAUAGAGACCAGGAUGGUCCAGCCCUUCUGCUAUUGUGGGGAGUCUUCUGUGUUUUAAACAAACACAUCUGCUGCACUGACCAGCUUCAACUGUGAGCCCAUGUGACCUGCUCCACAACCAAUCAACCCAGGGGUGAGAUGUUCCUUAACCAAUCACAUACCUCACUGCCUGGAGGACCAUGCUAUCCCGGGAAGGCGUAGCGACGGAACAAAUGAGCACUGUCGGGCAUGAUGGACACUAAACUAUUCUGUGUGUAUACACACACACACACACACACACACACACACACACACCAUCAUCGCAAGGUCCAAAAGACACCCUCAUCGCUUCCACCAAUCACCUCGUCCUUCCCUUCCAACAAUCACCUCGUCCUUCCCUUCCAACAAUCACCUCGUCCUUCCCUUCCAACAAUCACCUCGUCCUUCCCUUCCAACAAUCACCUCGUCCUUCCCUUCCAACAAUCACCUCGUCCUUCCCUUCCACCAAUCACCUCGUCCUUCCCUUCCACCAAUCAACUCGUCCUUCCCUUCCACCAAUCACCUCGUCCUUCCCUUCCACCAAUCACCUCGUCCUUCCCUUCCACCAAUCACCUCGUCCUUCCCUUCCAACAAUCACCUCUUCCUUCCAUUAGUACCCACCUCAGUGGACAGCCUCCAGUGUGUGUGUGUGUUGUGACCAAGAGUAUUAGAGUAUUUCAAAGUGGUUUCUCUGUGACGAAAAUAGACUUUGUUUUCUGUCUAAAUACGGAGAAGCGACAAGCCUGAGCAGCAACCUGUCGGUGCUGUAUUGAGAACUCCUUUGAGUGGGUUUGCAAUAAAACACCAGCAGACAGACGGGCGCUCGGGCUUUAAGGCAACACCUUACAGCAACAAUGCAUCCACGCAUUUAAGGGUUUCUGACACAGACUGCUCUCUCCACUGAGCCAUCUCAUCCGUUAGAUAAAACACGUGUUUAGGGUUAGGUCGGGAAUGCUUGCGUCAAACGUUAGGUUUAUGUCAUAUGUUUAAAACACGUAAUAAUGCUGGAACUACUUUUCUCUGCAUUUCAACAACAGAAUGUAAAUUCGUACCAAACAACUAAAAACGGACUGCUUUUUUAAUUAUAGCUCUUAUUUUUAUAUUUAUAGACCAACCGAUGUUGUCAUAGCGACCCAUAUCAAAACGGCAAAUUUCGUUUUGAAAAAAAGCCUCUCUCUCUCCUUUCUCCAUAGAGUUUAUCCCAUCACAAUGAGAAAUGAAGGAAUUAUAAUAUAUAUUUUUUUUCUGAUGAGAACUGAUUGAAGGGGUAUUUUGUGGUAAAUUGAAUUCCAAAGUGGUGAUCACUGCUUAAUAAAGAUGUGUUGCUGAUCUGUUUCUGAUCUGUUUGUGUACAACUCUCCUCUGCUUCUGAAAUGACACCCUGUUCACUGUACCGUGCCCUACUUCUUGAUUCAACUCUGGCCAAAAGUAGUACACUAUUUCAGGAAUAGGAUGCCAUUUCGGUUGCAACCUAAUAUGGGUGUCCUUUAAAACUUAACAUGGAUUGUAAUAUGUACCAUAGAACUGAAGUUAAUUUAAAAGUUGGUAAUAAUUUAUCAGAAUUCAUGUCAACAUUGUAAAAAAAAAAAAAAAAAAAAAAAAAUGUAUUGAUGCCAUUUUUAUUUUUAAAAACAGAAAGAGAAAAAAAAAAGUUAUACUUCUGAUCAGAGUCUUUGUCUUUGUGAUGUCAUUCAGUGAUGUUUUGGGGUGUGUUGACUCGUGUUAAUUAAAAGUUGUUGAACUCGGGUUGCCAAAUCCUGGUAACUUUUCCACAUUUCCCCGAUUUUUUUUAUUUUUUUUAUUUAUUUUAUUUUCCCCCAGAAGUACCGGUUGGAGGGUUCUCUGAAUUUCUGCUUUGUCAUUCCCUCGUAAGGAUUUCUAGAAAAACGGGGAAUUUUGGGAAAGUUAGUGUAAUUGUGCAACCCUAUGUGGAACCAAGCACUAUGUCUAGUUUUGACCGUUUGUUCUGUGUUGGAUACUAUAGUGUGAUGAUGAAAUCUCUUCUCCUAUAACAUGUAAAUAAAAAUUGAGGGUGACGUGUUGACCCCUGGUUGGUUCUUCCCCCAGUUUGCCUGUCUAUUUUUAUAGGUCAUGUGUAAAUAUGAAUACAAAGCUGUCAUUUUACUAACCGGAGAAGCCAAUUCAAAAUAAAAGAUUUGAUUAAUCAA